CACGCCCUCGCGCGGCUUGUACGUGCGUUACGUAAGCCCCGACGCACACACGGAUACAUUUGACUCGGAAACUUCAGUGCGGUCGCAGUGUUUGAGUGCUCCAGCCCCUGACCUCGUCUUCUGCUUCUUUGAGUGUGCCAAGAUGGUUGUUCUGUCCAAAGAGUAUGGAUAUGUGGUGUUAACUGGUGCUGCCAGCGUGUUGAUGGUUGCACAUCUGGCCGUGAAAGUUGGCAAAGCCCGCAAGAAGUACAACGUUAACUACCCUCAGAUGUACAGUGACGACCUAGAAACUGGCAACAUUUUCAACUGCAUCCAGCGAGCACACCAAAACACCCUGGAGGCCUACCCCGCCUUUCUUUUCUGCCUCACUGUUGGUGGUUUGCAUUGUCCUCGUCUCGCCAGUGGACUUGGAGUAAUAUGGAUUAUUAGCAGAGAGGUGUAUGCACAUGGGUACUCCUCAGGAGAUCCCAAAAAGAGAAUGCGGGGAGCGUUCGGGAACAUAGCCUUGCUUGGUUUGAUUCUGACCACAGCCAAUUUUGGGCGCCACCUGCUCGGCUGGACGGGACCAAGACAGCUGGGCAACUUCCGUAGAACUGACUGUUGCUAGGGAGAAAGAUGUCCUCAGGAUGGGCUCACCCAGUCAUUCGCUUUAUAAUCAAAGCUACUCUACACAACCCAUUUUUAAUCUAGAUCAUGUAUGCUAACCUCUGACCAAUAUAACACUUGAACCCAGGUAAAGUUCAUGCUGUCAGGCGCAGGACCGGCUCCCCCGGAAGGGAAAGGCAUUUUUGUAUUCACUGACUGGCACUCCCACAGUGUGUAAGACCCGUCAGUUGUCUUGAUAGCAUUUUCACCUGCGCCCUGAUUAGCUGGCCUCAUGACCUGUCAAAGUAUGUCUAUUUUUGCAUUAAACAAAUGGAAGAUGCACAAAACACAAAGUGAAUAUUUAGAAAGAAGUUUGAAUUUGCUGCUUGAAAAGUCAGUUUUUGUACAGUAAUGAACUUUAACCUAAAAAAUGUUAGUCACACAUAUUGCUGUUGUUGAUUAAAAAAAACAUCCAGUCAUCAUGGUUAUCGUUUUAAUUUCUUUUUUGUGUUAGCUGUCAUACUGAAAAAAAACAAACAGUUUUGAUAUUUGUCAAACUGAUGAUAUUAAAUAUCACACAUUGGUUAUAAAA